CGACAUGUAGCUGCUAGCUGUUAAAGGGAUAGCCUAGCUCGAAAAUGUCCUGACCCUGAGCUGCAGCUUCUGACAGUCUUUGUUUAAUAGUAACCUUUCACUCAUUUUAUUUUAAAACAUGCUGCGGACACUGUGUCGGGCCGGUGGAGCCGUUUUUAAGAGCUCCCAGCAUACAGCUCCCAGGUUGUGGGUGAGUCCAGUCCAGCAGCGAUGGGCCUCCCGGUUACCCAUGAACACCGUGGUGCUGUUUGUGCCGCAGCAGGAGGCCUGGGUGGUCGAGAGGAUGGGACGCUUUCACCGCAUCUUAGAGCCGGGACUGAACUUCCUCAUUCCCAUACUAGACCGAAUCCGUUAUGUGCAAAGCCUUAAAGAGAUUGUUAUCGACAUCCCUGAACAGUCUGCUGUAUCGCUUGAUAAUGUGACGCUGCAAAUUGACGGAGUCCUGUAUUUGAGAAUCUUAGAUCCUUUUAAGGCCAGUUAUGGUGUUGAAGAUCCAGAAUAUGCAGUGACUCAGCUGGCACAAACCACAAUGCGUUCAGAGCUGGGCAAACUCACACUAGAUAAAGUAUUCAGGGAAAGGGAGUCUCUUAAUUUAAACAUCGUCCACUCCAUCAACCAGGCGUCAGACGAGUGGGGAAUCCGCUGCCUGCGUUAUGAAAUCAAAGACAUUCAACUUCCACCUCGUGUUAAAGAGUCUAUGCAGAUGCAGGUGGAGGCAGAACGCAGGAAGCGAGCCACUGUGCUGGAGUCUGAGGGGACUCGGGAAGCUGCCAUCAAUGUCGCAGAGGGUCGCAAGCAAGCCCAGAUCCUCGCUUCGGAGGGGGAGAGGGCCGAGCAGAUAAACAAAGCUAGCGGUGAGGCCCAGGCUGUGUUGGCCAAAGCAGAAGCCAAAUCCAAGGCCAUCCGUCUGCUGUCAGAGGCUCUGGCUGAACAGAAUGGGAAUGCUGCAGCCUCACUGAGUGUUGCAGAACAGUACGUUUCUGCUUUCUCUAACCUCGCAAAAGAAUCCAACACAGUGUUGCUGCCUUCAAACACUGGAGACGUCAGUGGAAUGGUCACACAGGCCAUGACAAUUUACAGCACACUGUCCAAACCGAGGCUAAAACCUGAGAGCACAAAGACAGAGGAGCCAAUUGAAGAACCGUCAGUCCAAUCAGCAUCAACUCACUAGAAGAGGACACCAUUACUGCUGUAACAGAUUUUCCACAGUUCAGGAGUACAAUGUCACCACUGUGUGGAGAGUCUGCCUUCUGUAAAGAUGUUCUAUCUGCUGCCGAGCACAGGAUGCAGAGACGAUGCUGAGCAAAGACAGCUGGGAUAGAGGCAGAAACUGAACCAUAUGUUAUGUAACUUGCGUUGGUCAGGUGUCGAUCCUGAACUAGAUCCACUGUGCUGUGAACUGCAUCCACUAACAUCUAAAGCUACUGCAGCUGCUUCAUCGCAUCAUUGCUUCUGAAGUCACAAUGGUGCCUGUUAAAUUAUACAGAUGUUAGCAGACAAUUUAGGCUGUAAAUGGGUCUCUGUGUCAUUCACAUUAAUCUGCUGUCAGUCUGGUUGGACAUUAAAAGCAGUUUUGGAAGGAUAUACACUACCGAUCAAAAGUUUGGGGUCACUUAGAAAUGUCCUUAUUUUUUAAAGAAAAGCAUUUUUUUUUCAAUGAAGAUAACAUUAAAUGAAUCAGAAAUACAGUCUAGACAUUCUUAAUGUGGUAAAUGACUAUUUUUGGUGAAAAUGACUGAUUUUUAAUGGAAUAUCUCCAUAGAGGUACAGAGGAACAUUUCCAGCAACCAUCACUCCUGUGUUCUAAUGCUACAUUGUGUUAGCUAAUGCUGUUGAAAGGUUAACUGAUGAUUAGAAAACUGUUGUGUAAUUAUGUUAGCACAUGAAUAAAAGUGUGCGUUUUCAUGGAAAUCAUGAAAUUGUCUGGAUGACACCAGUGUAAAAGAACAAAGGAUAAUUGUAGCAACCAAGAAAAUCCACAAAAUAAAAGUUCCAUCUGUAAGUGUC